AUGUGGCUGCAGUCCCAGCAGUCUUGUGGGGAGAUGAGAGGCAGAGACAGGUACAGCUCCAGAAGCUUGCUGUUUUUGGCCCAGGAAGAGAAAGGUUGGACAGUGGCAGUCAUGUUCAGGGCUGUGCCACAGGCCUUUAGGAACCUUCAUGGCUCUUCAAUCCCUUGCUCAGCAAGAAAGUUCAGCAAAAGAGCAGAUAAGAACUGCAUCGUGGGUGACAAAGUGGCUGUGGUCACUGGCUCUACCAAAGGAAUUGGCUUUGCCAUUGCCCGACGUCUGGCCCAGGAUGGGGCCCAUGUGGUCAUCAGCAGCCGGAAGCAGCAGAAUGUGGACCAGGCAGUGGCCACAUUGCAGGGGGAAGGGCUGAGUGUGACAGGCACUGUGUGCCAUGUGGGCAAGGCUGAGGACCGUGACCGCCUAGUGGCAAAGGCUCUGGAGCAUUCUGGGGGUGUUGAUUUCCUGGUGUGUGUGGCAGGGGUCAAUCCCUUAGUAGGGAGCACUCUGGGAGCCAGUGAGCAGAUCUGGGACAAGGUAUUGGAUGUGAAUGUGAAGUCCCCAGCCUUGCUACUGGGUCAGCUGCUGCCACACAUGGAGAAGAGGAGGGGCAGCUCUGUGGUUCUGGUCUCCUCUGUGGUGGCUUAUAUGCCAAUACCAAAGCUGGGUGUCUACAACACCAGCAAGACAGCUCUGUUGGGCCUCUGUAAGUCUCUGGCUGUGGAGCUGGCUCCAAAAGGCAUCCGAGUAAACUGCCUAGUGCCAGGACUAAUUAAGACUGACUUUAGCCAAGUGGAGAAAACCAUGCCCCACUUGCUCCCUGACAUGAAUGAAAUCUAUGGAUUGCAGCGGUUUGGGGAGCCAGAGGAAUGUGCUGGAAUUGUGUCCUUCCUGUGUUCUCCGGAUGCCAGCUAUAUCACUGGGGAGAACAUCAUGGUGGCCGGCUUCUCCUCUAAACUGUGA